AUGUAUAAAUACUUUGUUAUGGUAACUUCUGCCGCCAAUAAUCCCAAACUAUUUGACUUGUUUAAUGAGGCAACUAGAUUUGUAAAAGACUCAAAUGUACAGAGAGUAAAGGAAAAAUUUUCUAGGAUCGCCAAAGCAAUUUUCAUAAUCUCUGGCAUUUACUUAUGUUAUGUUACUAGCGGUUAUUAUCAAGAGAAGAUCCCCUUCUUAAUUAUUAAGGCGGAUAAUAAUGUUUCAAUCCCCUUCUUCCUCAACUCCUUACUUUGUCUUUGCAAUGUAAUAUCUAGUUCAACUGUUUUACUCAUUCAACAUAUAUACCACAAAUUACACUUUUAUUCUAUGGCCAUGAAUAAAGACAAACAUUACAGCCGCAAUUUUUUUGGGCCCUUAAACAAAAAAGCGGUAUGCAAACUAUCCUUAACUUCACUAUCACUCACUGGCGCCGCUAUAUCUUCAACACUGGCGCUAAAGCAUAUAACCUUUCCUACUCAGGUUUUGGUCAAAUCUGCUAAAAUGGUACCGAUCGUUUUGGGUUCUUAUCUCAUAUUUGGGAAGAAAUAUAAAUUCUUUGACUAUAUUAUGGUCAUAAUCAUCACAGUAUCAUUAAUCUGCUUCAAUAUAUUUAAAACAUUCACUAGUAAAAGUAACGAACAGACAGUUUUGGGCAUUGGAUUAUGUUUUAUAUCACUAAUAUUUGACUCAUACACUGGACCCAGCCAAGAAGAGAUCCUAUCAUGGUGUAAUAUAGAUCCGAUAACUAUGAUGUUUGUUAUGAAUGCCAUUUCUUUCUUAUAUACGCUAACAAUUUCACUGUAUUAUGGAGGAAUUGAAGCCUUUAAUAUUGUGAUGAGCAACCCACAACUUAGAACGAAUGUGUUCUACUAUACAGUAUCGGCGUCGAUUGGGCAAUUUUUUAUAUAUCUUUCUAUUAACGAAUUUGGUAGUCUAUAUACUUGCACAAUAACAACCAUGCGCAAGGCAGUAACCACGUUGGUGUCAAUUUACUUCUUUGGACACAAAAUUAGUGCUGUACAGUGGAUCUGUAUUUUUGCAAUCUUCGCCACUUUAUUGGCACAACAAUAUCACAAGGCGCAGAUUAAACAGAAAACGAUGUGA